AUGUCCGAUUGCUCUUCAAUUGCAAAAAAACGGGCGCGCGAUCGCCGGGCGCAGCAGACGCUCCGAGAUAAGAAAUUACGCUAUACGGCCGAACUCGAGGCACAGGUGGCUCAUUGCGAGAAAUACCAUAACGAGGAGGGAGUUAAAGGCCUCUUAGAUUCUAUCGAAGCUCUUCGCAGACAAAAUGACACCCUUGUUGCUCGCCAGACAUCGCUAAGUUCUCUGAUUCGGUCGUGGGAGGAAGCCGAAGUGACAGGAUUUUCGAUUGCAUCAACGAUCCCGAGCUUCCAGGCCUCAACUUCACCGUCACCGCAAGCAAUACACUUGGCCCAGUCCUUAGAUCCCAAAACAUUAUGGGACAAGCUUCCUCUGUACUAUGACAACUUUGCCCGUCCUCAGAGUGUAUCCUGUCCCUGGUUCGCCUAUCCGUCACAAAUAGCCCGUUCUCCCGACUCUCCCGAAUCUCCUCUCGACAUUCUUUAUGGCAGCAAGACAAAUCCACUAGCAGCCAUGAUCCAUGAGGCAAUUGAACGACGGCCAAUUCGUGAUCCUGAAAGAUUGGCAAUGGGAUGGAUAGCAUAUCACUUUACGAAAUGGAUCAUCACGCCGAGUCCGGAUGCUUAUGAAAGAUUACCCUUGUUCUUACGGCCCACUCAAGAACAGUUCCAGUGCAAACAUCCUCUUGCAUUGAGCUGUUGUCCCUGGCCGAAAAUGAGGUCAAAUCUGAUUUGUCAAUGGUCGCGUUAUGAAAACUGUCGCGAUGAAAUAUUCGGGCUCUUCGCAUGUUGUGUGAAGAUUCGCUGGCCAUGGGGCGUGAAAAUCCUUGAGCGAAAUGAAAAGAAUGAGCUCUGUCUCAAAGAAUCAUUUUACGAGAUUUUCAUGAAAGAAGAGGGAUGGGGUAUUACACAAGAGUUCAUAAAUAAGUAUCCGAAUCUUGUGGCUGGCAUGGACGUUGACUCACUCGUUUAUAAUAUAACAUUCGACUAA